AUGGCCAAGAAAAACAAGAAGUCCGCCGAGCACAAAGAGCGUGUAGCGGCCAAACAAACUAAGAAGACAGCGCAAAAGGAGAAAAGGUCUAAAGCGAAGGGCAAGGAUGUGGAUAGCGACGCCGAGGAUGCGGACCUGGAUGCCAUCCUCGCCCAGUACGCCGAGGAGCAAGCGAAGUUCCUGAAGGUUACCGAGGUGCCUUCAGGCCCUCCAGCACCCAGAUCAUCUGCUACAGUACUUGCAUCCCCAUCUAACCGGAACGAAGUUCUGCUUUUCGGCGGAGAGUACUUCGAUGGGACCCAUGCGACAUUUUUCAACAAUCUCUUCGUUUAUUUGAUCGAUCGAGGCGAAUGGAGGGAGGUAACGAGUCCUAACAGCCCGUUGCCUCGAAGUGGGCAUGCUUGGUGUCGCGGAGGCAACGCAGGAGGCGUGUACUUGUUCGGAGGAGAAUUUUCGUCACCAAAGCAGGGCACAUUCUACCACUAUAAUGACUUCUGGCAUCUGGACCCUGCCACAAGGGAAUGGACUCGUCUCGAAACCAAGGGCAAAGGCCCUCCUGCAAGAAGCGGCCACCGAAUGACCUACUACAAGAACUACAUCGUUCUCUUCGGUGGCUUCCAAGAUACUUCUCAGCAGACCAAGUAUUUGCAGGACUUGUGGAUCUACGACUGCUCGAAGUAUACCUGGUUCAACCCCGUCCUGACAACGGCCUCGCAGAAGCCUGACCCUCGUUCCUCAUUUUCAUUCUUACCUCAUGAGACUGGUGCCGUGAUUUACGGUGGCUACUCGCGAGUGAAGUCUACAGGCAGUGCCGGCGGCAAGCAAGGCAAAGGCGGCCCUCAGAAAAUGGCUCUGCGGCCCAUGGUCCACCAAGACACCUGGUUCCUGAGAAUCACACCCCCUGAAUCUAAUUCAGCGGCCUCGGCAGGCCCAAUCAUCCGCUGGGAACGAAGAAAGAAGCCCGCCAAUACACCUAACCCACCUCGUGUGGGCACCACCAUGGCGUACCACAAAGGACGAGGCAUCAUGUUUGGUGGAGUGCAUGAUGUCGAAUUGACAGAGGAGGGUAUCGACAGUGAAUUUUUCGACACGUUAUUUGCUUGGACCACUGACCGCAACCGUUUCUUCCCAUUGAGUCUUCGUCGCCCGCGGGUACCAGGCAAGAAGCAGCAAGCAAACCAGGCAAGCAAGUCUCGCAACCGUGGCAAAGCAGACGAGGAAGAACUUUUGAAGAAUCUGAAGGCAUUGGAAACUAAGCAAGGGAUCCGCGAUUCUGAUGACGACGAUGAUGAUUUCAUGCAAUCGAGUACGCCUAAGACCGAGGAAUCUAUCGAACCUGCUAAGCCCGCGAUUGUCCGCUUUGAGAUGCCGCACAGGAGAUUUAAUGCUCAACUUGCAGUGCAAGACGACACUCUUUUCAUUUACGGUGGCACAUUUGAGAAGGGUGACCGGGAAUUCACGUUCAAUGACAUGUACUCUAUUGACCUGGUCAAGCUCGACGGUGUUAAGGAGAUUUUCUACACUGAGCCCGAAAAUUGGAAUCUUCUGGAUGAGGCCGAAAGCGAUGAAGAGAUGGACGAAGAUGAAGAGGAAGAGGAAGAUGAGGAAAUGGAAGAGGAGGAAGGUGAUGCCAUGUCUCUGGAUACUCCUUCGCUCGCUCCCACCGAAGUAACCGUGCCUUCAGUCACUCAGGGCAUGGAGCAGCUUGAAGUUGAGGAGCAAGAAGCAGAGCACCCUGUGGAUGACACGCGCCCACAGCCCCGCCCCUUCGAGAGUUUGCGGGAGUUCUUCACUCGAACCUCAGAAGACUGGCAGAAUAUACUACUCGAAGCGUUGAGGCUGAAGGGUCAGGCCGAGGGCAAGACUGUUAAGGAGUUGCGAAAGGCUGCAUUCGAUAUCGCGGAAGAGAAAUGGUGGGAUAGCCGCGAGGAGAUCAUGGCGCUGGAGGAUGAGCAAGAAGCGGCAGGCAUUGGAGAGGUGGUUAGCAUGAAUGACCGCACUGAGAACAUGGGUGGAGCGGGUCGCCGUCGGUGA